AUGGAACGGCUCUGCGCUGCGACGGUGGCGCUCAUGCUGGCGACGUCCGCGACCGCUGCGUCUUGCACGACGGACCAAAAUGCGACGAUCAACAACUUUUUGGCGGCCAACGUUUCGACCUCGUGCGUUGCGAGCAUGCCCAGCUGGAAGAGCUCGAUGACGUUCGCAGAUGGACUCUAUUCCGAUCAAUACCUCAUGUGUCGGCCACCGUGCCAGGCCGACCUGCAGAACCUCACGAGCAGAAUUCCAAGCUGCACCGAUGACGCCGGAACUUACACCAAGGUCGACCAACUAAAUCAACUGUGCACCAACAUGACGCGUCCAACGACCAACGGCGGUGCGUGCACGACGGGCGACGUGAUCUUGGUCAACGGCCUGAUGAUCCACGAACCAGUGUGGCUCAAUUGCUCCAGUGACAAGAACAAAAACUUGUACUACCUUUCAGCCGCCACCACCGAAGAGGCCAAGACGUUGUGUGCGUCCUCCACCUGCACGGCCUUUAUCAACUCGAUCGCCAAGCUAAUGCCCAACUGCGUCAGAGAAGAUGGGAACAACACGAUGGACGAAUUCCGACAUCGGUUUGGGUGCACGCCUGCGGCAGUCGGGGCGAAUUGCUCCAUGGUCGAUAUGGUGGUCAAGUACGAUGCACAUGGCGCAAGGCUUUGGUCCAACUGCUCGACGUUUCUCAACGCUUCGCCUACUACUACGCUCGGUGACCUCGCGUAUGGUGUCGCUGAGACACCAGGAGACUUGCCGUCGGGCUUUUGCGCGUCGACCUGCCCAGCGAACUACUUGUCGACGAGAAAGACAUUUUCAUCCCUGGAGCCAGCGCCGACACCCGCUCCGACACCCACUCCAAUGCUUCUGCCGUCCUGCACGACAGACCAAGAGACGAAGAUCGAGAAUUUCUUGGCGGGCUACGUCUCAAUCACGUGCGCUACGAGCAUCAGCAGCACGUGCUCAACGACGGGAACGUUUGCGGUCUCGGGUCCAAUGGCAACGUUUACCGUGUCGACCGUCUCGGGUGUCUGCGGCAGCGUCUUUACGACCAACGCAAAGCUCUCGGUGCCCAUUUCGUUCUCCACCGACUGCAACCAACUCACACUCAGCUACACGGGCACACCGUCGACGCUGCAGCGAACGUCCAACGCAGAGACCGCGGCCACGAGUGCGAUGCUGCUUCUUGGCGUUUUCCUCGCGUGGGGUGCGCUCUAAACGGCCGAUGGGAUGGCUCUUGCAUAGUUGAUUAUCAUAUUUAAGACUGAAAAAUACACUGGAUUUGCACGU